AUGGUUUGUGUCUGCGCUUUUCCACACCGUCAUGGUCCACGAAAUGAACACAAGUUGAAUGUUCGCGGCUUGGUGCUCAUUGCUCAAUACUAUCGUGCUAAUACUGUGCGCUAUCAAACGGACCAGUGUGAGGGCGUGUGCAUGCUGAAUCACUAUUGCGCCAUAACGCGCGUUGACUACAAAGAGUUCCGCCAGUGCUUGGAGAAGGAACAAAGCGCAUUGCGUUCAUAUGCAAUGCCAUCGCUGAGUGCAGCUUGUCCUUCCUUGGUGCUUGUGUGUGCAUUGGCCGUAUCCUGUUGUCGCGCGAUGGCGGCUGUGUUGUCGAAACUUAUUUUACGCUUGCAUGUACAGAAAAGGCAGCAAAUUAAAUUCGAUGCUAUGACGAUGAUAAAAAUAAAAUCAGCGACAUUUGCGUUGCUGAUUUUGCAACAUGUCUGCCGGAUGCACAAAAGCAAAAGACCAACAACAACAACGACAGCAACAAAUUUAAAAACUGGCACAGCAAUUGGGGCUAGAGCAAUAAAAAUAAAAAUGCAUGAAGAUUACAUGCAACAACGGUCAAUAACAAUGCAACCGAAAGAGGAAUCUCUCUUUUUUAUUCCCAAUGGUAAAAGUGAUAAAGGCACUGUCGCCAAUUGCAGCAUUAUAGGCGGCACCGGAAGUCUACAAUAUUACGAUGCUGACGAUGACGACAACAAGCAAACAAAGGAACAUGCAAAGUGUCUAAGUGCUGCUGUCUCUGCAGUUGCCCUUGGUGUGGUUGGAGCUGAAAAUGCAACUGACAGUAGUCGUGAUGAAUAUGCCUCCGACCUCAAUAUGCACCACUACAGCACCACUUCUUUUACUUCUGAUGUUUCCUGUUUCCUUAAUAGUUUCUUCGACCAGAACAGUUGGUUGCACAUUUUCGCAAUGCCGACAAUAUUCCUCUGCUUUAUUUUUGCGCAAUGCCAAAUUAUUUUAAGUUCAGUUAAUUCGUUUGUGGGAGUCACCGCCGCACUUUGCCGGAAUCUCCCACUAAAGUUGCGUGAAAAUUUAAUUAAAGCUUCCCAACGCUUAAAGCUCCAUGUAAACUUUUUUCAUUAGUGUGUGUAUGUGUGCAUACGUACACAUGUAAAUGUGUGUGUAUGUGUAACACACAUCCUGUGCUUUUAUUGUUUCGUUCACGUUAAUUGAUUGUACAUGUAAUUUAUUUAUUUAUUUAUUCAUUUUCAUUUUCAUUUUUUUA